UUGUCAUUCUAACCGCUUCCUACUUCCUGCGUCAAAACAUUCCGCUGUGUCUAUGCGGCUUUAACGGCGCUUUUCGGAUUUUCUGAGUGAUUAUGGCUGCGAACAGCAGCACCGGAUCGUCCACGGAGCCACCGGGACUAGAGACCCAGUGGCGGGAGAUCGACAAACUGAACCAGCAGCAGCUACGGGCCGGAGACAGCUGGUAUUUGUUGGAUAAAAGAUGGUAUGAUCAGUGGAAAGAGUAUGUACAUGCCGGGGACCAAAAUUCUUCCUCCUAUCCCGGGAAAAUUGAUAACACUGAGCUCUAUGAAGAUCUGGAUUCCUAUCAUCUGAAAGAGAGGCUGUCGGAGAAUGAGGACUUUGUCCUGGUCCCUGCAGAAGCCUGGCAUAAACUUUUGUCAUGGUAUGACAUGAUGGACGAUCAACCUCCUUUGGAGAGAAAGGUUGUUGAUCUUCCCAGCACUGUUAAAGUAGAGGUCUACCCUGUGGAGAUCUACCUCUGUCUUUCCAGCAACAUGGAGAGUACUGUAUCUGCAAGCUUCAGUCGAGCAGACAAGAUACACGCUAUACAUCAAAAGAUACGGCAGGAUUUUAACGUGUCAGAGACUGCUGAGAGCCGACUGUGGAUGAGGAGUACAGAUACAAGCUCAGAGAGGCUACGCAACCUUAACAUGACUGUCCUAGACACCUGCCUCAGCUCCGGCAUGACAGUGAUUAUGGAGAUCAGGAAUGCGGAUGGUACGUGGCCCACAUCUAGGCCUCAGAUCAUGCGGAACUCUGCUGACGAGGACUCGUAUCGAGGGCCUCCUGGAGUGUGUGGCCUCACAAACCUAGGCAACACCUGCUUCAUGAACUCGGCUUUACAGUGUCUGAGUAACACGCCACCACUGACUGAGUAUUUUCUGAGGAACUCGUAUCUGGAGGAGCUGAACUUCACCAACCCUCUGGGCAUGAAGGGAGAAAUUGCUGAAGCCUACGCAGAUGUUAUCAAACAGAUGUGGUCAGGCAGGCACUAUUCUGUGGUUCCUCGGGUAUUUAAGACCAAGGUUGGCCACUUUGCAUCACAGUUUCUGGGCUACCAGCAACACGACUCUCAGGAGCUGCUGUCUUUCCUGUUGGACGGUCUACAUGAAGACCUCAACAGGGUCAAAAAGAAGGAGUAUAUUGAACUCAGGGAUGCUGAUGGAAGACCUGACCAGGAAGUUGCUGAGGAAGCAUGGCGCAACCAUUUGCGGCGGAACGAUUCGGUCAUCGUCGACACAUUCCACGGGUUGUUUAAGUCGACGCUGGUGUGCCCCGAAUGCAACAAGGUCUCUGUGACCUUCGACCCCUUCUGCUACUUGAGCGUGCCCUUACCUGUUAGUAAGGAGAGGGUCAUGGAGGUGUUCUAUGUAUCGCUGGAUCCCAUGGCCAAACCCACCCAGUAUCGUCUGAUUGUACCUAAAGCUGGCCGAGUGAUUGACCUGUGCACUGCCCUCUCUCAGGCAACAGGAGUCCCUCCCAACCAGAUGGCUGUGGCUGAUGUUUUCAAUCACCGCUUCUAUAGGAUUUACCAGACUGACGAAUCCUUAAGCUGUAUAUUGGACCGGGAUGAUAUAUUUGUGUAUCAGCUGAGCAGUGGUUGUGUGGAUAAGGAUGGUGAGGAGGUGGUUAUGGCCAUCUAUAUGCGUGAACGCUCCCAUUACAGAGAUUACGGCUCUGGAAGCAACAACUAUGGUACCUCCCUGUUCGGUCACCCGCUGCUGAUGUCUGUGCCACGCACCCAGUGCACACGGGAAGAUCUCUACCAGCUCAUCCUCAAAAGACUGGCGCGAUAUGUCCGUCCCCUUGACCCUUCAGAAGAAGUAGAGGAGGAGGAAGAAGAAGAUGAGGAAGAUUUGUACAAGGCUCAAACCAAUGGAGUUAGUGAUGAUGAGGGUGAGGAAGACUCUGAGGAGGCAGGGCCAUCCAAGAAAGAGGAGGAGACUCAAGAAAGCGGCCAUGCUGAAGAGCAGAACAACUGCCAAUCAGAAGCCAGCCCGAGCAGCGACGGGGAGGAGAGAGCUGAGGAGGAGGAGUCGAGCAGCGAACCGGACCGGGGCAGCAGUACAGAGGAGGGCCAAUCAGCAUGCGGCAGCACUGACACCAACUCCCAAGAUGCCACCGACGGGGACCAAAGUACUGGUGUGGAGCCUUUGGCAAAGGAGGAAGAGGACGAAGAUGACGAGGAGGAAGAAGAAGAGGAGGCCGCAUCUUGUGCUCAGGCAAACAAGAAGCUUCCGGGAAGACGGCGCUACACUGAGAAGCAGAAAAAAGCCCUCUUUACCAUUCAGGCGGUGAACUCUAAUGGCACCACGGAGCGAGGGAUGGGAGAGGUGGACGGUGGCUUCUCCUUCAGCUCUCAGCCAUACAUCGCCAUCGACUGGGACCCUGACAUGAAGAAGAAGUACUACAAUGAGAAUGAAGCCGAGAAAUAUAUAAAGCAUCAGAGCAUGGACGUCCCUCACCAGCAGAUCACAGUGCAGCUGCAGGAAUGUAUAGAUCUCUUUACCACAGUAGAAACACUGGAAGAGGAAAACCCCUGGUAUUGUCCAACAUGUAAAAAGCAUCAGCUUGCUACUAAGAAAUUGGAUCUGUGGUCUUUGCCUGAGGUUCUCAUCAUCCAUUUAAAGCGCUUCUCCUACACAAAAUACUCUCGAGAGAAACUGGAUACCAUCGUGGAGUUCCCCCUGCGGGAUCUGGACUUCUCAGGUUUCCUCCUAAAGAAGACCGUGAACAGUACUGAACCUCCCUGUAGAUAUGACCUGAUCUCUGUGUCCAACCACUUCGGCGGACUCCGGGAUGGACACUAUACCAGUUACGCCCAGAACAAGGACAAUGGUCAGUGGUAUUACUUUGACGACAGCAAGGUGACCUAUGCAAGGGAGGAACAAAUAGUGACCAGCGCCGUCUACCUUCUGUUCUACCAGCGCCAAGACAAGAUCCGCCAGCCCACCGUCCCUCCACCCGUCCCCUCCUCCAGCCAGCCCGAGAACCACGUCUCAUCCCAGACCCAAGAUGGCAUGGAUGGAGCCUCUUCCUGUGUCAGCAUGGAGACGGACUGAUUUCUAUCCACUUCAUUCUUUCUCCCUCUCAACUUCAUAAUCAACAGAAACUUGAAGCUUCGCCUCUGCUCUGACUCCGACAGGAAGUGCAAGGCAGGGGCACCUCUCUCAGGCUGGUGCACGAGCAUCAUGGGGUGGGAAUGUAGAUUUAUGUGUUGUUUUUUUAUCUGUAUGACAAACUCAAGGAAACGGGUUAGGCUGGUAUCGUUGGAUUCAGAGAUCAUGCACUGAUUUGUCUGCGGCGUGCUUCAGUGACGAUGAGAAUUCGGAGAAUGAGGUUUGCACCACAGUUCAUCGUCACCGACGUGUUCUUUAUUUUUUCCUAAGCUUGCUUUUCUGAGCUAGCUCAGCUGCUGUUUACUGUGGUGAUGUUUGAUCUGAACGUACAACCUUCAGCUGCACUGUUUGGCAUCAUGAAUCCGUUUAUUCCAGCAGCGACGUUCAUCAUGGGCGCUUUCAGCAGGGACGGUUGGGCUUUCUCAUAUCAGGGAUUGUCAUGUGCUUCAGAUUUCUGAGAUCUUGUCAAAAGGUGUGGGUGGAAAAAUAGGUGGAGGUAAAUGAGAUACAGCUUUCUGUCCACUCACUCGUGAACUAUUUAUUUUCGGAAUUGAUAGAUGCUAAUGUGGAGUGAGAGAUUAUAAUUCUAAAGGUCUUCCAUUUUUAUUUUCUUUCUUGUGAUGGGUUGUUUUUUCCGUCUCUCAUGAGAUUUGGAAAAGCCACUCUGUUGCGGGACACAAAUGGAGGCCUGUUUUCCAGUGAGAAUUAGCUUUUUUAUCUUCAUUAAAAAGGAAAUGCACAGCAAGAUAUAAAUAUUCUUUUUGACUAAUUGCGUGCAGUUUAUAACAAACUCGAUAAGAAUAUUUCAGCAAAGUGCUUUCUGGAUAGAGCUCUUUUCGGGAUGAUUUUUAAAGCACCUCUGUACAGUAUUUUUGUAUCGUCAUAAAUGUUGUAUUAUCUUUGAUCAUUUGGAUCAGAUGCUGGGAAUGUGGGAGCUUUCAUUUUAUUUUGUUAAUUAUAGAUUGAAUAUAUAAUUGUAUACACAUCUUUUGAUAUGAAUAAAUGCUGACUAUAAAGUCGAGGUUAGAUCGGACACAUUUGGCUUCCAUUUACAUGGUUUUUCCUCUGAAUAAAAGGAGGCGUAGCUCCUUUGGCAACGGGAAAUCUACUCCCCUCGGUUUAUUCUGACUGCAUAUUAACAUUUCUCAGCUGCUCAGUGUUGUAAUUAAUUUGGCCCGCUGUGUAAAGAUCUUCUAGAAAAUGCUUUUUCAAUUGCACUUCCCAUUAAGUGAAGUGCUUUAUUGCAAUCCUUGGAUUUUAAUGGACAGAGUUUAUCGCACUCGCACUCUAAUGACAUUUAUAUAAAUGUCACUGUAUACCUUCAGUAUGUUCUAAUAUAACACAGGUGAAUCUCACAAAACCUGCCCAGAACAAAAGACAUCAAAAACAAAGGAAACAAUAUGGAAUUAUUUAUUUUCUAUUACAUUAGAAAAAGAAGCAUUUUGACAUUUUCAUCACAAUUUAGCAUUCCAAAAUUCUGCUAGUAUGAAAAUGAUAGAAUUUGUCAAUUAAAAAUGACCCGUUGUGUUCUUGACUGCAUUUGUGAGAUUUACGAACCUGUGAUGCUGAAAUUUCUCGUAAUCUGCUUUACAAAUAGACCGUUUGUUUCUAAAACAGCUCCUCAAAUGCUUGAACUCAUCUAUUUCUCAUCUGCAGUCUUCCAUUUUGUACAAGGUUUAAUGAAUGCAAUGAUCCAUUUAAAAAGAGCUUCAGUUUUUACUAUUUUACAGGAAUUAAAUGGCUUCAUUCUAGUAUUUAUUUCUGAGAUCUUUUACUAGUGCUGGAAUCAACAGCUUCAGAAAGCCACAGACAGUACAGCCUAAUUUCUUAAAUGCAGCAUGUUUAUCAGAGCUACUGUGUGGCCUGCAAUCAUGCUUGUAUUAUUUCAGUGAAAUCCAUCAGAUGGUCAACUGUAAAUAACUGAAAUAUUACAGCAACUCAAUUGGUUUGAGAAAUAGUCUAUUUCUGUCAAUGCUACGCAGAUUUCUAAAGCCCAUUUCACAGUAUAACACACCAAAUUUCUAAUAUUUGUGAUUUUUUUUCAUUGUGGGGGCAUCUUUUGUAUAGAAAUUACACAUUAUAAGUUAUCAAAUAAAAGCUUUGGAGUUUUGAA